AUGAUGAUUAGCGACAUGCAACUCGGUGUGAUGGCCAAUGCCUUGGGCGUAGCCAUGCUUCUGCUCGUCGUCCUCUAUCACUACAUCACUGCUAACAACCAACGACGCCUCAAGAAAUCUGUGGAUCGUGUGGGAUGUUUUACAGCUGUCAGGAUGACUGCAGUGGCGAAACUGAAUCGUUAUUUCCGAAGACUUAUUCGUUUCCGGCAAAUGGAUUUUGAAUUUGCGCUAUGGCAAAUGAUUUAUCUGCUUAUCAAACCACAAAAAGUUUACCGCAAUUUCAUGUAUCGUAAACGAACAAAGGAUCAGUGGGCUCGUGAUGAUCCAGCAUUCCUAGUACUUCUUGCAGCAGCUCUGGCCAUAUCGAGCAUUUUGUUCGCCUGGGCCAUUCAGCUUUCAUUCACUGGCUUCAUCGCCUUCUUCUUGUGGGUCGUUUUUAUCGAUUGUAUUGAUCUGAUAGGUUUUGAUUCGUUUUUGCCUCGACUUCUUGGUAAUACGAUUUGGUUUGUCGCUGUAGUUUACUAUAUAUACAUCACAUUUCUGGGAUACACAGCACUUCCGAUCCUGAAGAAUACGCACAUCUUUUUAUAUCCGAUCACAUUUCUUUUCAUAUUUUACGUAGCAACGGUGACAGCUGGCUGGAAUAUUUCGUUAACAGCAAUGGACUUUUAUCAUUUACGAGCUGAAAAUAGGCAAAGAGGACAUUGA